GGCCGCGGCUCCCUCCCUCCCGGCUGCGCUCGCUCUGCUCCGCCCGGCAGCGGGGCCGGCCCGUGGCGAGGCGGCGCCGGGACCCUGCCCAGCCCGGAGCGGGAGCGGAGCUCGGCCGGGCCGGGCCCGCUGGAGAAGCCCCGCCCGCCUCCCCGGGGGGGCCAUGGCCGAGCGGGCCGCUGCCCAGGCUCCGGCCACCCCGCGCCCCGUGUCUGUGCCGCCCCGCCCCGCUUCUGAAGGGCCCCCCCGGGGAGAGAGCCCGCUGGACGCUGCGGCGGUUCCCCUCCCUGUCCCGGCUGCCAUCCAGGCCCUGGAGAGGAAGCUGGACUCUCACGCCGCCCGGUUACUGAGUCUGGAGGGGAGAACAGGGAUGUCCGAGAAGAAACUAAUAGGCUGUGAGAAGACAGCGGUGGAGUUCGGGAACCAGCUGGAGAGUAAGUGGGCGGCGCUGGGAACUCUGAUCCAGGAGUACGGGCUGCUGCAGAGGAGGCUGGAGAACAUGGAGAACCUGCUGAAGAACAGGAACUUCUGGAUCCUGAGGCUCCCCCCAGGCACUAAGGGGGAAGUCCCCAAGGUCCCGGUUAUGUUUGAAGACAUCUCAGUCCACUUCUCCAGGGAGGAGUGGGAGAAUUUAGAAGAAUGGCAGAAGGAGCUUUACAAGAACUUGAUGAAAGACAGCUAUGACUCUUUGAUCUCCCUGGACUGUGCCAUCUCCAAACCUGACGUCCUAUCACCGACUGAUCAGGAGGAAGAACCAGGUGUCGGGGUGCAGGGAAAUCUGGAGGAGAGAGGAAUCCCUGUGGGUCCCAGCACUGACUCUCCAGUUUCGACACCUGACGUUUUAUCCCAGGUUAAACAAGAGGAGGGAUCGUGCAGCAGAGAUCAGCAAGAAUUGGAAGAGAGAGAAAUCCCUGCGGAUCCCAGCCUGUCAGGUGAUGGGCUUGUGAUCAAAACAGAGGAGGGGCCUGUCGGGGAAGGCCACAACAGCCCAGAGCCACGUGGAGUGCAAUUGGGGACAUGCAGAGAGAGCGAGGGGCGGGCUCCCGAGUGGGGAGCACCCUGUGAGAGUCUGCCUGGCCCAGUGAUGCAUCUGAGGAGCGACCUGGGGCAGCCCAACGAAUGCAGCGGGGGCCAGAAUGAAAUUGCUGAGCCCCAGGGCGGCAGCGCCGUCCCCCGGCUCAGCCAGCCUGCGGAGAGGCCCUUUCAUUGCCUGCAGUGUGGCAAGAGCUUCACCCGGAAAGACACCCUGCUGUCCCACCAGCGCACCCACACCGGGGAGCGGCCCUACGCCUGCGCCCAGUGUGGCAAGACCUUUGCACAGCAGUCCAAACUCAGCAGCCACCGCCGCACCCACACGGGCGAGCGCCCCUACGCCUGCACCCAGUGUGCCAAGACCUUUGGCCGCAAGGAGCACUACACCCAGCACCAGAGGACCCACACGGAGGAGCGGCCCUUCAUCUGCAGCCAGUGCGGGAAGAGCUUCCGCAGGUACUUCAACCUGACAGUGCACCAGCGCACCCACACCGGGGAGCGCCCCUACCCGUGCGCCCAGUGCGGCCGCCGCUUCAGCCGCAAGGAGCACUUCCUGCUGCACCAGCGCAUCCACACCGGGGAGCGCCCCUACCAGUGCAGCCAGUGCAACAAAAGCUUCAUCCACCAGUCGCGGCUCAACUACCACGCCCGCAUCCACUCGGGGGAGCGGCCCUAUGCCUGCGCCCAGUGUGCCAAGCGCUUUGCCGAACCCUCCAAGCUGGCAGUGCAUUACCGAGUUCACACGGGCGAGCAGCCCUACUCCUGCCUCCAGUGUGGCAAGAGCUUCGGCUUGAAGAAAAGCCUCGUCGUCCACCAGCGGAGCCAUGCCCAGGAGCGGCCCUACCAGUGCUCCGAAUGCGGUAUCCACUUCAUCUGCCAGUCCUACCUCGUCCGGCACCAGCUGGUCCACACCGGGGAGCGCCCCUACAAAUGCACCGAGUGCGGCAAAAGCUACAGCCGCAAGGAGCACCUGCAGAACCAUCGGCGUAUCCACACCGGGGAGCGGCCCUUCCAGUGUACCGCUUGCGGGAAGAGCUUCAUCCAGAAACAUCAUCUCCUGAAGCACCAGCGCAUCCACACUGGGGAGCGCCCCUACCAGUGCGGGGAGUGCGGGAGGAGCUUCCGCUGCAAGGAGUCCCUGAAGGAUCACGCCAGAGUUCACGGCACAGAGCUGGGUCACCCGCAGGCUGCGCCCAAUCCCAGACAGGUACUGAAGAUGGGCACUGUGGGGCGGGCUCGGAGCUCGCUGCGCCCGUGCCCGGUAGGCGGCACUGCUCGGGCUCGCCGCCCCUGGCGCGCCGGCCGCCCGCGCUCUUCGCAGGACCAACGAGGCGGCGGCGGCGGCGGCGGGUCCCUCCCUCCCUCCGUCCCAGGCUGCACUCGGGCCGCUCCCUCCCCAGCAUGGCAGCGGGACCCAGCCCACGCCCCUAGCGAGCCCCGGGCCGGGCCGCUUCCCCCGAGAGCCACCCAGCGCGGGGCCAUGGCCGAGUGGGCGCCCGCCCAGAUUCAGGAAUGGAACGUCGAGGCGCAGCAUCUGCUGCCUUUGCAGCCGCCGCUGGUCCCCGAGCGCGCUCACAUGAGAGAAGCACAGCUGCACACGGCAGAGGCCUCGCUCUGGACUGUGGUGGCUACAGUGCAGGCCAUGGAGCGGAAGAUCGAUCUGCUGGCCACGCGCCUGCUGAGCCUGGAGGGGAGAUCUGGGACGGCCGAGAAGAAAUUAAUAGACUGUGAAAAAACAGCAAUGGAGUUCAAUAACCAGCUGGAGAGUAAGUGGGCCGUGCUGGGAACUCUGAUCCAGGAGUACGGGCUGCUGCAGAGGAGGCUGGAGAACGUGGAGAACCUGCUGAAGAACAGGAACUUCUGGGUCCUGAGACUCCCCCCUGGCACUAAAGGGGAGGUCCCCAAGAUGCCGGUGACGUUCGUCGACGUGGCUGUCUAUUUCUCCGCGGAGGAGUGGAAGAAUUUGGAAGACUGGCAGAAGGAGCUGUACAAUAACCUGAUGAAGGAGAACUAUGAAUCCUUGAGCUCGCUGGACCGUACCCGUUCCAAAGCGGACCCCGAGGCCCGGAUUGAACGAAGGGAAGAGGCAUGUGUCCAAGAUCAGCAGGACUUAAAGGAGAGAGAAAUCCCUCCAGAGCCCUGCACAGAAUCCCUGAUGUCAACGCCUGACAUCCUGUCCCGGAUCAAACAAGAGGAGGGGCCUUUUGUCGGGGAGCAGCAAUUCUCGGAGGAGAGAGGAAUCCCCACGGACCCCUGCGCAGGAGCAGACGCUCUGAUUUCUGCCCAUGACUUUUUAUCCUGGAUUAAACAAGAGGAGGAGCCCUGUGUCCGGGAUUCGUGGGAGCUGGCUGAAAGAGAAAUCCUCACUGGCCCUGGCCCUGGCACAGGCGACGGGCUCAUGGUGAAGUCGGAGGAGCAGCGUCACCGCCAGGCAGGCCCGGAAGAGCUGGGGCUGCUGGGGGGGUCUGGGGAGCCGCUGUACCAGGCCCCUGCCUACGGGAGCCAGCGUGGCUCGGUGACACAGCAAGCCGACCCUGGCGAGAACAGACUGGGUAAAUCCUUCCGCUCGGACGCCAGCUUCGGCGAGUUCCCAGGCACCUUGACCCCACGGGGAGCCGGCGCGCUGGGGGAGGAGCGGCCGCACGGCUGCGCCGAGUGCGGGAAGAGCUUCAGCGUGAAGAAGAGCCUGAAGAUCCACCAGCGGAGCCACGCCAAGGAGCGGCCCUACGCCUGUGGGGAGUGCGGCAAGAGCUUCAACUGCCACUCGGGGCUGGUGCGGCACCAGAUGAUCCACCGCGGCGAGCGGCCCUACAAGUGCGAGGAGUGCGGGAAGUGCUACAGCCGCAAGGAGCACCUCCAGAACCACCAGCGGCUGCACACCGGCGAGCGGCCCUUCCAGUGCGCCGCCUGUGGCAAGAGCUUCAUCCGCAAGCAGAACCUGCUGAAGCACCAGCGCAUCCACACCGGGGAGCGGCCCUACCAGUGCGGGGAGUGCGGGAGGAGCUUCCGCUACAAGGAGUCCCUCAAAGACCAUCAGCGGGUUCACGGCGCGGAGCUGGGGGCCCCCCCUGGGCUCCCGCCGGCCCUGAGCAGUGGGGACUAGAUCCCGGGACUCCGUGGCCUAGACCACAUGGCAGCUCGGGACUGGGUCGUAACCGACCGCGAGUUAAAUCCAAGGCAGCGAAGUGAAAACCAGUGCCAGAAACGAAGCUUUUACCAAAUACGUCCGCGGGGCGCGAGGCAGCCGGGGUGUCUGGCACGUCCUCGGAGGGACCCCCCAGCACGUUUUUCAUACCCAUCUCCCAUCCCCUGGACAAGCCCCUUCCAUGCAACCUGCAGAGAGAGCCGGAAAGGCCGGUGCAUGCGCCGAACGCUGCUCCCCGCCUCCUCCCGAGUCCCCACUAAUGUCCUGCUCCGGUUCUAAACCCCCUCCUGGGGCUCUUCUCUAGAACCCGCUUCCUUUCUCCCGCUCCACACCCACAGCGGCACGAUUGUGUGAGAGCCUUCUCCUCUGCAGCUCCUGCCCCCAGAGCCGCCUCUCCCCACAUUUCUCCUCCCACUGGAUGUAGAUUGACUCUUUCUCACCCGUAGCUCUGUGUCCCGCCCUCCUCCCGCCCCCCUCCCCCGUUGUUUUUACAUUUUAAUUUCAUAAGCGUGCAGUUAAACUCUGUCAAGUGUUUGGCGGUGUAGUUUUAUAUGGCAGAUGCAAUGCAAAAUAAAGUUGUGUUGGGCUGUU